UAAGCGGCACGUCAACUAGAAUUUCUUGACAGCCUCCUUCGCCGGCCACCCCCGCUGGAGGCAAGAAGUCUCGAGCAUUAAAAACUCAGGCGACGCCGCGGGGCGAUCGGAUGGAAGCUGCGACGAAGGCAACGCAUCUUCCGCGUGCCGCAUUGCGCUCGGCGGUAGUCCCAAGAUCUGUGCCGCGUUCCGGAUCCAGGGUGUUCGGCGCGGCCAAAGCUCUCGGCUCCUCGCCUUUCUUCGGUGGAGUGAGUCGCCCAAGCUCAAGGUUCCGGUGGGGUGGAGCGCACUCCUGCUACCUUCAAGGCCCCAAAAGAGAAAGUAUUUGAACACUUCCUAGUGAGUUAUGAUGGAGAUGGUUCUAUCUGAGUUUGCAAAACAAGUUAUCAUCUCACUCGGCAAUUUAGCCAGUAAUGAAAUCACCAAAAUUUUAUGCAUCAGAAAUGAGAUUGGUAGACUGUCGAUAAAACUUGACAGUAUGACAGCUAUCAUCAGGGAUGCAGAGCAGACAAUUGUGCAAAAUGAAACUACUAGGGAUUGGCUGAAGAGGUCACGGGAAAUUAUUUAUGAGGCUGAAAACAUAAUUGACCGAUGUAGGAUUGAAAGGGAGAGGCUCCAAACAUUACAACCGCAGGAAUGCAAUCCUUCAUCAGUUUUCAAGUGCUGCAGAGAUCUUGCCAUUGACUACAUAAUUGCAAGUGAUAUACAUGAACUAAAUCAGAAACUUGACAGCAUUUAUCAAGAGGGUGAGAGGCUCCAUCUAAAGCCAGCGCUGGAAGAUCAAAUAAGAUUAUACCAAAUAAGAUUAGAUCUUGAUGUUGCUCCAUAUCUAGAACCUGAUAUUGUGGGCAGAGAGGUGGAAAAUGACUGUAACAGUCUCAUCGAACUACUAAGGAGAGAAGACAUUCCUAGUCGUUCUAAUCGUCCUUUGUUUGCUAUUAUAGGAACAAUUGGUGUUGGCAAGACUACUCUUGCUAGAAAGGUAUACCACAAGGCAGAAACUAUGUUUGAGACCAGGGUAUGGGUGCAUGUCUCCAAAGACUUGCAGCAUAUGUCAAUGUGGUCAGGUGAGAGUUUCAGCAGAGGAGAGACAGCAGGACAACAAGCACAGUUGCGUACCUGGCUACAAGGUAACAAGUUUCUGCUGGUCAUUGAUGAUGUGUGGGGAGAGAAUGUUUGGGAUGGUCUGCUAGAGAUACAAGCACAACAUGGAAGCCCUGGCAGCAGAAUCCUUAUAACAACCCGUAAUGAGCGUGUUGCGAAGAGAAUGGGGGCAGUUCAUCUUCACCGUGUGAAGGGCCUUAACGAGGACGAUGGUUGGUGGCUGCUCCGUACAAGGGCCUUCCUUGAUGAGAGCACCGGAAACAUGCAGGAUAUUGGUAGGCAAAUUGUGCAAAAGUGCAAUGGCCUUCCAAUGGCAAUAAGGAGAAUUGGAUGCCUUCUAAGGGAAGUGGACCCCAAAGAAGAUGACUGGUGGAGAAUCUACUCCAGUGAUUUCUGUGGCCUUUCUUCAAGGAUAAGAAAUGCUAUCAAUAUGAGCUACCUUGGGUUGCCAUAUUAUCUGAAGAGGUGCUUUGUUUAUUGCUCACUAUAUCCAGAGGGGUCUGUGAUUUAUCGGCAGCGUAUCACCCAGCAGUGGAUUGCAGAGGGGUUUAUUGUGACCCAGCAGAAUACAAUGCACAGGUCAGAUGCAACUGUUGAAGAGGAAGCUGGAAAAUGCUAUGAUGAAUUGUGUGGUAUGGGCCUUCUUUUGCCAGAAAAUGGAGCUUAUGGUGCAGAGAGAUCAAAGAUGCCUCAUCUAUUCAGAUCAUUCGCACUUCUCCAGUCACAAGAUGAAUACUUUAUUGGCAAUCCUCAAGAUAUAGGUGAUGUUUUGAAACCAUGCCGCUUGUCUAUUACAACCGGAGGUGCAGAAGCGCUCAGAAAUGGUAUUAGAAAGUUGAAGUGCUUGAGGACAAUUAUCCUGUCUGGGAGUCCACUAAAUGACAGGGCCUUGGGUGAUAUUUUUCACAAGUUCACACACCUAAGAGUUCUAGACCUUGGAGAUACACAAAUCGAGUGUAUUGCUAGGAGUUUGGGAUCGAUGACGCACCUUAGAUAUCUCAGCUUUGCAAACACCCAAGUUAGAGAGAUUCCAUCUACAAUUGAGAAUCUUAGGAUGCUACAGUUCUUAAUUCUCAAGAAUUGCACUCGUCUGAAUACUCUUACAGAAUCUCUGGGGCGCCUUACAAACUUGAGAGCACUUGAUAUCUCAGGAGCUGGACUAAACCAAGUGAAAUUCGGAUUCUCCAUGAUGAAAGAACUCAACUGCCUACAAGGUUUUCUUGUAAGCCCAGGUGGUCCAGAAAAUAGAAAUGGUUGGUCAUUUCAAGAGCUGAGGUCCUUAUAUAAGUUAACAAGCCUCAAGAUGCUAAGGCUAGAGCGAACAAUAACUGGGGAAGAUGCAAGACAAUCAGAGUUGGAGGCGAAAUCUCAUCUCAAAGAGCUUGAGCUAUGCUGCAGCACUGUUGAUGGAAUAUCAGAAAUUAGUAGAGCUGCAAAUAUUAAAGAUGUGUUUGAAGCACUCAAGCCAGGACCUUCUAUUGUCUCUGUCAAGCUAGAAAAUUAUUAUGGCCAUGGAUUCCCAUCUUGGCUAGCCUCGACUCAUCUCCGACAGCUAAAGCGGUUGACCCUUGAUGGCUGUUUGUUUUGCCAAAAUCUCCCAUCUCUGGGUCAGAUGAGAAGUCUAAAAUUCCUAGCAAUAAAUGGUUCCAAUCUGUCUACUUACAUUGGCCCUGAAAUUCGUGGAACACCAGAUGACGGGGUGGCAUUUCCGAAGCUGGAGCAGCUGGUUAUUAGCAAGAUGAGCAACUUGAAAUCGUGGUGGGGCCUUGAAAAAAGAGAUAUGCCUUUACUCAUGAAUUUCAGGAUUGUUGGAUGCCCCAAGUUGGAUUCACUCCCUCACUGGCUUGAGUAUUGCAACGCACUGACAAGCUUGCAUAUUGACCAUGUUGAUAGCUUGGAAACGAUUGAGAACAUACCUGCACUUAAAGAACUCGAAGUUUGUGAGAACAAGCUGAAGAUGAUAUCAAACCUUGGAAAGCUUGAAGAUUUGAAAGUAGUGAAUUGCUUGAUUUUGGAUGUUGUGCAGGAUGUCCCUUCAUUGCGCACAGUGCAUUCAAAUGAAAGGAAUUCAACUAACCUUCCACAAUGGUUGCAGCCAGAAAAACCUUUCAUGCUCAGGAGACUGGAGAUUAUUGGAACUGAGGAGCUACUUGACAGCUGCUCCUCUGCAUCUGCCCCAUACUGGCCUGUCAUCCAAAAUGCUGAUCAUGUAUAUGCGUAUCUGCCAGAUGAGUCUUUCUACUUCUCGUAUACCAAAACCAAAAGCAGUAGCUACUUCCAUAAAAGUGCAAGGUCCCUUGCACAAUCUUCUUUAUAUAGCUCACCUAGCUUCAGUAUGCCAAUUGUUCCACAAGCUGAAGAAGUUGUUCUGAAGGAUGAAAUUAGAAGCAACAGCGAGCAAGUUGCUCAAUCCACAAAUCAGUCAUGGAUGAGUAUACUUUUCACGGUUCUGCUCUUUGUUGCUGCCCAUAUAUUUUCCUUGUCAAGUGAAUAUUGAUCACAGGAUGGAUUCCUUGUUCAGACUGACUGAAUGUUGAUGAUCAUGCUAUUGCACUUCUGGACUCAGAUGUGCCUUAUUUACUGUCGCACAAAAUUCAUCUAGUACCUGUUUCUACUACUCUAUAUUAUUUUGUAUAUUCAUCAAGGUCUAAGUAAAUUCUGUAAUCAUAUUGUAGGACUCUCUCACCAUGGUUAAGCUCCUGCAAGUAUGUAGUUAUGACUGGUUUCUACCGUUGUUUCAAGUUCUCAGUGUUUUUUUUGGAGACA